UUAGCGGACUUAAUGACUCGUAUUUUGAAGUCAACAAUUUUGUGCCCAUAUUUUUAGCAAUCAUAACUUUCUUUUAUAACGCCCCGUUAUAUUUAAUGUUUUUGAUUGAUUUAACGAGGUCCUAGUAUGCGAGAGGGCCUGCUGGGCGAAAUAAGUGUCACUUAUUUGGCAAACAAUCUCGUUUAAAGAAAAAAUUUUCAUGUUUAUUUUACAUAGAUAGAUUCUUUGUUGUUUUCGUUUGAGUGCACUGUAAUCAGAAUUACGGCGGUAAAUAUGUUUUUAACAGUGGGAUUUUUAUGCAAAAUUUAGAUCAAUUUAUACCGAAGCGUUUUGGUUUACAGCUGAAGGAUUACCUUCCAAAUCUUGUCGGCACCGUGUUAGCUAGCGUUAUUGAAACCCUCAUCGAGUUCGGGAACCACUUAGUAAAAUGGAUUGGACCAUUUAUGAGCAGUGUCGAGAUAAGCGAGAGGUCAUUGAGCAAUAGCUUUAUCGGGCGUUUCCUCCACUGGGACAUACUUGACACUGUUCUUCGGUUCACGCGCAUUCCGAGAAACUGCCAAGCAAAAGCGGCUUGCGAGGCUGGCGCCUAUGUUCUUCAUCGUAACAAGCGAGUGGCUGGGUUUCUGAAGGCGAUUCGAGCCCACUUCAGUAAGACAUCGAAACACUGGCCUGCUGCGAUGCAAGGAUUGCGUGGUGAGGUAUGCGCUGAUUUAUACCAGGAGUGUGCACGGAACUUCAUCAUGGCUACACCUACAGCCGGAAUGCAAAAACCGCAAGGCAUAAAAAAUCAUACCGUGAAGAACGACGCUAAAAAAUAGGAUGACAUCAGGAGCAACAGCAGC